AUGAACAAAAUCGAGCAUGAAAACCUCAAACGAGAGCUCGAAACCAUGUGCCACGUACUGCAGCCUGGAGGCAAGAUCUCUUUCAACUGGAGCGGCCAACCUGUGGGCCAAGACAACAAAGAUUUGGUCAAGUACACGUGUGCCAUCAAUUGGCGCAUGGACGUCGGCUUCUUCGAGCGCAAGGCCAAAGCCCACCUGAUCCCCAACGCGAGCUUCGUCAGGCUUGUCGAGUCCCACGCGUACGCCAAGGUGAACCAUUUCUGGGAGCGCUACCAGCGCGAGCCGCGCUUCGACAUCCAGGUCAUAGUGCUCCAGAACCUGGUGAAGCUCUGCUCCGACACCAUGGCGAGGCGCUUUGGUCCCAACUGGAGGGAGAAGGUGCUGCUCAAGUCGCAGGGCCAGGACAUCGCCCUCGACGAGAAGCGUGCCUUCGCCACGCUGCACACCAUGGGCGGCCCGCGUGGCGGUGGCGAGUGGAUCCACGUUCCUGCCAGCGCUGAACUGCCUGAGCCGCACAUGCGCUACCCAUCCGUCGCCGACAACAGCCUCGUGGUAUGGAGGGCGCCCACCAACAGCUGCGCAUACGAGAUUGAUGAGCUGGACACGGGCGAUGAGCGCACAGCCACCAUGGACGACAUGGAGCAUUUCAACAUGCUGAAGCGGCGAGUGACGAACAAGGCCAGACUGCUGCCCGACGCGAACGGCACUUAUGGCCGAAGCACCUCAAGCGACGACAUGGAACGAAGCUCAAUAGUCUUCAGAGGCCACCGCAACGGUCCUCCGCGCCACUCUCGCUCGCCCCACGGCCGCACUGCUCCGGAAGAUUCUCGCCCCAGGAUAUUGCCCAUCAAUGACGAAGGCGACAGCGACCGGCCGCGUCACAAGAGGAAGAGAUCCGCCCGGAGCGAGGAGAACCGGCGGUCCAGGAAGGAUCACGGCCGUGCCAUUGCCGGGAGCAUGUCAAAGGAUGCCGACAUUGAACGGGAAAGGCCAAGAGGCCAUCUACCAGAGAUUACCCAGUAG